AUGCCUCUUCCACCAGGAGUUAUCAAUCUUACAGGAGGAGGCCCGCCGCCGCCUCCUCAACCACCACCACAUCCUGCGGGAGCAAGAAUGCCGCAAAACGGCCCUCCUCCUCCACCUCCGCCUCCUGGACGAGGGCCUCCUGGUGCCAGGCCAGGGCCUCCUCCCCCUCCAGGGAGGCCCCCUAUGGGAGCGUCCUUUCCGGGUCGACCGCCAGCACCGCCAGGAGCUCCACCUCCUAUAGUCCAUAUGCAGCCCCAACCGAUGCCGAUGCAGCAAAUGCCAAUGCAACAGAUGCCAGUACAGCCUCCGCGUGAGCAAAUUCCUCUAGAUCUGCGCCAAAGACAGUUGAUCGAGGUUUCUGAUCUCCGGGGCGAACGAAUGACUGAGUCCGGCGCGCGUGAAGCUCUCUCAGAAUAUAUCGUCUAUCGUUUCGAAAAGGUCCAGGAUCCCAACGAGAUUGAUGUUGAAGGUUACCCAGUUAUGCCAACCUGGGAGAACGUGAGGCGAGUAGAGGUUCGCGACCUGUCCAGACAAGACAUCAUCCGUCGCAUUCGUGAGCUCAACGAUGAAGGCAAAACAGCUUUGCAAAAGAAGACGGACCUUACGCCAGCUCAACAACUCCAAAUCGAAAAGGCACAGAAUGCCCUGGAGACGCGGAACAACGACAAGCGGUAUCGCUUUACUCUACAGCAGAUCAGCUCUAAAUUGAAAAAACUGCAUAAGGACUCCAUUGAGUAUCAGCAAUACAUGGCUGACAGGGGAGCGAAGAAGGUCGUGGUUGCGAAAGGGAGAUCCUCUACCUCCAAGUCAAAGAAGAACUUGUUCGAAACGGUGGCCGUAAUAGUAUACUUCAAGAAAGAACCUCGCUUUGAAGAGAACGCUUUGGAUAUGUACCGCAGCAAGAAAAGCGAAGAGGCCAUGAUCCGACAGAGGGAUAAUGAAGCCCGGAAACUUCAGAUCCAGCGACAAAUUCAAGAAGAGCGGCACCAAUCAGAAACCAUAAUGCAGCAACGGGAACAAAUGCAUCAAGCGCGCCUUCACCCACCACAACAACCAUUUCACCCGCCCAUGCCACCUGCUCGUCCACCAUUUGCCAGAUCGGAUGCAUACGGGCUUGACAACGUCGAGGAUCCUCUGGUUGGCAUAUUGAACCGUCGUCGAACUACACUACCAGCUCGGGUGACCCAGCGGGAUGUCAGUUUCAGGACAGUAGGUCCUCAAGAGGUGGUCCGUCAAAGACAUGAGGAUGACCUUGACAAUAUUAGACGUCUGAGACUCGAAAGCGAGGUCCGUACUGAAGAAGAGCGGUGCUAUGAGGAGGAAUUGGCGGCGGAAAGGGAUGAGAUUGAAAGGCGAAACCGCCGACAUAUGGAGAGGCGGUUCCGUCGACCGUCCGUUGACAGAGAUUCAUAUUACCGACAAGGCCCUACAGAAACAUAUGAGGAAGAAGCUGCUCGAGACUACAUGAGGAUUCGGGAGCGUCCGGCGCAAUCUCAAUUUGACAAUCCGUUUGAUUCUCUUGGGCGAGUCGCCGAAUCUGCGACUGUUGGUGAUCGAGCGCCCAAGGCGAGGCGAGCAGGUAUUCCAGACAAGUCAACUCGACGACAGUGCAGCGAGGCGCAGAUUCAGUAUGCGGGAAGGAGGAGUCGCCGUGAACGUGGGCACAUAUCAGCCAAUAACGACAACAAGACAUUUGCGACAAGGGAACGAACGCCCUCUCUACCAACGACGCUUACGACAAAUGUCAACAAUCGACCCCUUUGGAUGCCGGCUGGAAUAACCAGCCUCUUGUAUCCUGGAUCCUCGCCGAUACUCCGCCGAACUAUUCAGAGAGCCAUCCGAAUUGCUCAUGUCCACACCUCUGGCCCCCAUCCGGAUCUAGAUCCAGAUUCAAUGUUGUCCAGAGCGAAAAAGGCCUACGAGGCCAACGCUCCUCCUCCUACGAAGAAUGAUUUAGCCAAGCAGUUGUUCCCUUCGAGCAGCCCGAGUGCCACUCAGAAUGGCAAUAUUAUGAACCAAUUCAAGAGGACGAGCCAGCCUGUCACUGCUGCGGCUGUAUCGGCGAGGACCGCGAGAAACCCCUCGACGACAACAAACCCGACUAGGCCACCGCCAGGCAGAACUGCGAGUAUUACACACUUCGCAAGUAGCGACCGAUCUGCCUUGGAUCCCAUCUCCGCACCCAAUGGCCAAUCUUUCGCCUCACUAUACUCCCGAUCCGACUCCUUUCGAGAUGAACCAGAUACUGCGAUUAGCCAAGACACGCAAACAAAACCAAAACCUGCUGUAUACUUCGCCGAGGACGAUUUCAGCGACGAUGACCAUCUUGACCUUGACUUUGAGGCACCUUCAGCCCUGCCCCCGCUUCCCAAACCUCCAGUAAAGGUGGUACAUGCACCUGAACUGCCUGCCUCUAAGUCACAUGCCGAACUGCCCUCGACCCAACCGUUGCCUUGGUCCUCAUCGCCGGCCUCUCAUUUUGUUCAUCCCAAACUGGCACGUGCCAACUCAGAUCGGGCAGUGUCUACUCAGACAUCUCUUAAGCGCGACUCCUUUGAACAGCAAGAGUCCUUCACAGCUCCACAACCUAAGAAGCGACGGCUUCCAGACAGCUGGAAGGUUGAGGAGGAGGAUAUAAUUAAUGUUGAAGAGGAGGAUGAGCCCGAGGUUUCACGUUGGGCGCCAGGCGGAGUCACACCCGCGCCCAAAAAGAAGGAGACCUGGAACAUGACCGCCAGCGCUCUUAAAGAGCAAAAGAGAAAUCUCAAGAACCAAGCCAAAAAGUCCAUGGAUGGCGAGUGGACCAUGGAUGAGAUGAGGAAAGAGGUUACACAGAGCAAUCUGUCUAAGCCAAAGGCGUCGGCGAUUGCACUGACUAAAGAGCAGAAACAUGUACAGAACCUCGUUAUUAACAAGGGUCAGAGCGUUUUCUUUACAGGCCCUGCAGGAACUGGAAAGUCUGUUUUGAUGAGGUCAAUCAUCACAGAACUGAAGAAAAAGUGGACAAGAGAUCCAGAGAGAUUGGCCGUCACCGCGUCUACCGGCCUUGCAGCCUGCAACAUAGGUGGCCAGACAUUGCACAGCUUCUCCGGAAUUGGUCUUGGGAAAGACGAUGUGCCAACGCUGGUCAAAAAGAUUCGACGUAACCCUAAGGCCAAGAACCGCUGGCUCAGGACUAAAACACUCAUCAUCGAUGAGGUAUCAAUGGUUGACGGAGAACUGUUCGACAAACUUUCCCAGAUUGGCCGAACGAUACGAAAUAAUGGCAAGCCCUGGGGCGGCAUCCAGCUUGUUGUCACAGGAGACUUCUUCCAACUUCCCCCAGUUCCUGACGGUGACAAGACAAGAGAAUCCAAGUUUGCGUUCGAGGCAGCAACAUGGAACACGGCAAUCGAUCACACGAUCGGAUUAACACAAGUAUUUCGACAGAGGGACCCAGUCUUCGCCAACAUGCUUAAUGAGAUGCGUUUGGGCAGAAUCAGUGAAGAAACUGUCCAAGCAUUCAGAAAGCUAACGCGGCCCAUUGUUUCCGAUGAUGGGUUGGAGGUGACUGAGCUGUUCCCUACGAGAUAUGAAGUUGAGAACGCCAACCAAGGCCGGCUGCGCAACCUUCCAGGAAAGACUUACCGUUACGACGCAGCUGACUCUGGGGACCCGACUAUUCGUGACAGGCUGCUUCAAAAUAUGAUGGCCCCCAAAGCUCUCGAACUGAAAGUAGGGGCCCAGGUCAUGUUGAUCAAGAACAUGGAUGAGACACUUGUCAACGGCUCACUUGGAAAAGUUACUCGGUUCAUGAGCGAGGGCAGCUUUGAGUCCUGGCAUAUGACGGACUAUGGAUCCGACGUGGAGAUGGACAAUGAAGGAAAGCUCAAGAACAAGAUUAAGGCUUUCAGCAGGGAGGUUGAAGAAGCCACAAAGGGUACGAUUGAGUAUCCGGUAGUUGAGUUUGCCGCGGUAGACGGCUCUACUCGUACUAUUCUUUGCGUCCCGGAGGACUGGAAGGUCGAAACGCCAACGGGAGAGGUGCAAGCUAGUCGCAGCCAGCUCCCUUUGAUACUCGCAUGGGCACUUUCGAUCCAUAAAGCCCAGGGGCAGACGCUCGAAAGGGUGAAAGUUGACCUCGGCAAAGUAUUUGAGAAAGGCCAGGCGUAUGUCGCGCUCAGUCGAGCGACCUGCCAACAAGGCCUGCAGGUGCUACGUUUCCAGAAAGACAAAGUCAUGGCCCAUCCUCGAGUCAUACAGUUCUACAAUAAGCUGUAUAGUGCUGAGCAGGCCGUCGCCAAAAAACCGCCCAGCAUGGCCGACUUCCUACAUAGAGAUGACGAGACGAAGGAUAGCAGGAUAACUCUAGGAUCCAACUCAAAAACCCAGUCGUUUGUCAAAAAAGGCGUUGAAGUGAUCGACCUCGAUGACGCGGAGGAGGCCAUGGCGAGCUACGGAUAUUGA